UGAACCGCCCCACGGUUUGCAAACCACUUCUCAUUAAUUUGAAAUAAUUCUAUUAAUAUUUUUUCCUCAAUUUAACUGCAUAAUUUUUUUUUUGAACAUUUAUCUCCUGGAAAUCAGUGAUCCCUUUUUCCUUCAUAAUCUCUCCAGAAUCUCUCUCAGGAUUUAAUAUAUUAUAUCUGUGGGAGAGGGUAAGUGAUCGAUUCCCUAUUUGCGUGGAAAAACACAGGAGAAACAGGGUUUCUGUUAUAGGGAGUUCAAUUGAAGAAUUUGAUCAGGGGGUAUGUGCAGGAUCAUAAAUUCACAGAAGAAUUACUGAAAAGGUUUGUUAAUAUUUUAAUAUUAUUUUCCAGCAGCACAUGCAAAAGAUGUCAGACAGGGUGGGAUAUGAAUUGUUGGAGGUUCCAGAUACCCCUCCAGAUCAUUUGGCUACACAGGAUUGUUGUCGUUUAAGAAGGGAUUUUGGUGCAAGGAGACAUCGUUCUGUUUGUUUUCGGAAGAGAGGUGGAGAGGAUGAAAAGUUAAGCAGAGAACAAGACCAAGCUGUAGGAGAAAAGGCCACUGUAGGUUCUUAUUUGUCCCCACAUUCUAGAGGAACAUCACAUAGAUUGCGGUAUAGCUUGAGGAAGGACGGUUUUACACAAAAGCAAGACCAUCAGCAAUGCACAUCUUCCUCUUCAGAGGUUCGUCCUCAUCAAUAUUUACGUCAUCAGUCAGAAGGAUUACCGACAGAGUCAUAUAUGGAAACUUGUAGUAAUAUGUCGAGAGAGGAUGAAAGCAAUCAUACUCUUAAUAUUGAUGAAUUAUUUCAAACUGCUAUAGAGGAAGUUAAAAGGAAUGACAAAUCCACAAUUUCUGGUCAUGCAAUUCCUACACCUAUGCAGAAUCGAAGAAAAAUGUUGGUACGCAAUGGUCGCAUAUCUCCAAAUGGGAUUGCUGCAGAUGAAGACAUGUCAAACAAGAGUGUGAAAAGACUACGAGAGGCCAGUGUAGAGGGGCAUGUUAUGAAUGAUGAAGCUGCAGAUGCAAACAGUUCAAUCAGUUGCGAUCUUGAUUUUCAGCCUAAUAACAUUUCUUUACCUCGUUCUGCCCAACAAGAGGAUAGAAGGAAAGGCAAAGCAAUUAUAUCUGGUGAUAUGGUUGAAAGUGAUGAGAAUAAUUGUGUCCAAUUGCUACAAAGGAGGAAGAGAAUGAGGGCUAAUUCUUCAAGUUCUGGAGAAGUUAACAAAUUCUCUGUAUGUAGAGAUAGUACUAGUCGCUGGCCUUGUAGUUCUUCAGGUUUGGCUAUACAGGGCAAGAGCCAAGCUUGCAGAAAUGAUGUUUCUCUCAAUAGUUCAAGGGAUGAUGCAUCGGAAGGAAACAUAAAGUUUACUCGUAAGCCUCAAGGUUGCUCAAGAGUGCAUCGAAGUGAAAGGCAUCUGGCAAGGCUUGACAAAACCAGAGGUGAUUUACCUCCUUUAUCUUCAGUUGGGGAUCAAGGGAAUUCUUCUGAAGCAGGUUCACCAGAAGUUGUAUUCCUGAGGUCAUGUAGACCGUUGCGAAGAAAUCCUUUUUCUACUAGUAGAUCUAGAAAUGUUGUUCAGGAAUCCAUCUGUGAUGUUGAGGUUGAUGAUCGUACCCCUAUUGAUGUUGAUAGCUUAGAAUGUCCUAUCAAUGAAACUGCAAACCUAGAGGAAAGUGAUAAGGAAGCAAGUGCUAGGGCCAGACAAAUAGAACAAGAUGAACUUUUGGCCAGGCAGCUCCAGGAGGAUUUUUCAGGGGAUGAACUCGAAGGAAGUGUACAGCGAGACGAUCCUAUUUCACGUUUGAUGUUACAAAGGGAGGUAAGGGAGCAUGUAGCUGCCCCUUAUUUGGAUUCAACUCCUGUUUUUAGUGGCUUACGUGCCAGUUUUGGAAUCGGGGGAAGGAGAGAACCAAGCCAUUCUUUGGCAAUUCGUCCAUCACUACCUCCCUUUCUAGCUAGUCAUCCAACUGUUCCACCACAUAGAAGGAGAGAUGUAGUUUCAGGAAGAUGGCACCGUGCAUCAGGGAGACCAUUUCGUGGCAGCAGAUUCCAAUUCCCAUCACAUAUGAACAUAGAAAUGAGAGUAGAUAUGUUGGAAGCAAUGGAACAUGCUGUUGAAAGCAACGUCACUCAUCAGUUCCUUGCUGGAGUUCAACGUGACUUCAAUGAGAAUGAUUAUGAGAUGUUAUUGGCACUUGAUGAUGACAAUAACAAUUCCAAGGGUGCAUCACAACGGCAUAUUGACCGCUUACCCAUAUCAACUGUUCAGAAUGAUAUUUCAGAUGAAGUCUGUUCUGUUUGCUUAGAGAUGCCAAAAUCUGGAGAGGUUAUUCGGCAUUUGUUAUGCAUGCAUAAGUUUCAUAAAGAGUGCAUUGAUCCCUGGCUUGCAAAACAAGCAUCUUGUCCCAUAUGCAAGUUAUCUAUUUAAAUACUUCCAUCGUUUAGAAGACAGUUACCUCGACAUGCAGAGCUGCACUUCAUUUACAGAAGCUUUUCUGGUUUGAUUACCAGGAUAUCAGCAUUAUUAACGCUAAUGCGCCUAUUAGCUGCUUCUUUCUAAUUAUUUUGUUGUAAUGUGGCCAUUUGUAUCUUUGGCAUAGCCUGAUGGUUUCUUGCCUUCAAGGAGUAGUGCAUGGUUGUGUUUAUGAAAUAGUUUCUCCCGAUGGGGGCUGAUUUUGUAUUGUCCCCAUAUUUCAAGUUCCAUUGGAACUUUUAUUCUUUUUAUUUCUUCAUUAGUCUAUUCGUUUGUUACUUAUAGUCAAAAUUGCUCAUUUUAUCAUUUGCUUCAA